CAAUUUUUGGAGAAACAACUGCUAACAUAUCCAACGAGUGGCUGCCUAGUGUCCAUCAGUACCUUAGUAGAAUAAACGAGAUGGCUAAAAACUUAGGCCUACAGACAGCUAGCUCUGAUCUCGGUUGCUCCUUCAGUGGAAAUUUCGAGUCCUUAAUUCGGCUUAGAAAUCAUAUCGAAUGGCUUAUGUUUCACCAACGUGGUGCUGUACCCAACACGGAUGAACACUUGGAAGAGAGUUCAUGGUCAGGGUUUCUACAUGAGGAACCUUUGGAUUACACUGCACCGAAUGUAAAUCUAAAAUCACAGAAAGAAUCAGCCCUGCUUUCCGAAAAGUUUGAGAGGAUAUACCCGUAUGCAAUGGUAUCUGAAUGUGCAGAUGAGGUCAGCGACUCCAGCAAAAUGGACGGCAGUAACAAGUCCGACGUUUUGACUCGCUGUUUAAAAUUUAAACCAGAACUUGUAGAGUAUGCUAAUCAUGUACACUCAGUACAAAUCGAUGAAAUAAGACAGACAUGUUAUGUUAGUAUUUGUACAAAGGACGAUGGUAAUGUGGAAAUAUCACUUUCUGACAGUGUUCCAGGCACCGAAACUGAUGUUGAAAACGCCGUGGAUCUUUUGAGACUGCUAUUCAGUGAUAUAGACCGAGGAAUGUCGAUGCAAUAUUUUGAUCUCGGUACAUUCAAUGUCAAUGAUGAUUUCAGAUCACAGAUCCAGACUCAGCUGAUGAGCAUCGCGGCAAUACUGGUUGUCAGACAGCCUGAAUCGUGUGUUCUUCAGGUGUAUGGCAAGACUGAAGUUAUUGAAGAUGCUUUAGUGAAAGCUCAGGACUUGUUGGUAAAAGAGGUUGAGCGGGAAAAAGCAUUGCAAGCAAAAAUUCGGUAUGAAAUGGAAAUGGCACAGGAAGCAGAGCGACGAGAAAAAGAAGCAAGGGAAGAGGAGCGCAGGGUAGAACAGGCCCAAAAAGCAGAACUAGAGGCUAGAGAAGCUCAACGAAGAGACACCAUUGCACAGGAGGAGCAGCGGAGAGAGGCACUUUCCAGAGAUGCUGAGCGAAAGAAUGCACUCCAAAGAGAAGCCGAUGGUGUAGUGAUAAAUAAUGAGCAGGCUAUGUCUAAAGAGAUUGUGGUACAAGCUGUUACAAUACCUCAAACAAAUUCUUUGAGGGAAAAUUUUACAGUGCAAAACCCAACUAGUCAAGAGCAGCCUCUGCCACCGCCAAGUACUGGUGAUGACUGGGCAGAGUCAGAAAUUAUAGAUCAGAAGAUGAAUGGUGAGAGUUCUCAAGACGUUUCGUCAAACGACAUAGACGGCCCUGUUGAAGUUGGUCCCUCAGUUAACAAUGGAAUUGCCAGAAUGAAAUUAGAUCAGCAAAGGGAACCGGCAGAUAGAAAUAGUAAAAAUCUACAACUAAAACGGGAAGAUACAUCACCAACAUCUACCCUACGACCUCUGAACUCUCGGUUUCAUGAAUUCAUCAGCAGAAAUUUCUUCAAUUCAACAAGCAGUUCUGGGCAGGCAAACUUAUAUGAUACCAUUUUCAAUGGUGUGCACAUCACUGUCAAAAGGGGAGAUAUCGCUAAAGAACCGGCUGCCAUUAUUGUCAGCUCGAACGACGUUGAAUUGAGUUGUGGAGGAGCUCUUUCAUCAACUAUCGAUAAGGCGAGUGGGUCGAUUAUCCAUGCAAAGUGUUUAGAAUGGAAGAAAGCCUACGGGAUUCCAGUGGAAGGGCAGAUUGUUGAGAUAGAUUCGGACGGUGUGUUGCCAUGUAAUAAAGUAUUUUUCAUUGUGAUGCCAAGUUGGAAUGCAGAUCAAGAUCAGACAUACUUAGAAUCGCAGUUACGACAGAGCUGUAAGAAUAUUCUUCAGAAAGCUAGAGACACGCGGAAUGUGAGUUCUGUCGCCAUACCUGGUCUUGGUACAGGAAAGUUCUACUUCCCAUGUGAUGUAUAUGCUCGAAUCAUGACCGACGCCUUGAAAGAGUUUUUACAGGCAAAAGGGCGCAUGCUCGAGAUCCGUUUCAUAGACUUAGACUUUCGUGUUCUACAAGCGCUACAACGUGAGUUUCAAAGCCGUCUAAAACAUCCAGAAAAGGCGAGCGACGACCAAUCUCUGUCAGAGAUUUAUCGCCAGACGACAGACAAUGGUGAACCGUUGCCAACUGGGUUUGUCGAAAGAACACCACCAUCAGGUUUCGAACGAAUCUUUCGCCGGCAAAUCUCGGACCCGAACAAUCGUGAAAGAGAACAGAAAUGGGUGAAGAAAUUUCGAUCACUUUCUACAACUGCCGUAGAAACCAAGUUUGAAUCAUGCAUCCUUUGCACACGGCGUGUCAGUGUUGGCUUCUUUGGCUACAUACCAUGUAAACACAUUGUUUGUCAUAUUUGUUUGAAUGAGAUGGAAUUACACGAGAAGAGAGCUUGUCCCACUUGCUUCAAAUCUUUUUCAAAACUUCAAAUCUCAAAAUUUUAAUUAGCAGAGUAUAAUAUAACAUUCUAAUGUUUAUAUUAUUUUUAAUUGCAUAAUUAGUUGGUACUUUUGAGUUUUAAUUGUGCAGUUUAUCGGUAUUGUGGCGUAAGAGUAGCAGACAAACAAGCGGAAUAAACAUUUGAACUGUGUCGUAUGAUCUUCUUAGAUAAUUGUCUUUAAUUGUACAAUAUUGCAUAUGAAUCCAAAAUACUAAGCACAUUAUUAGGCCAAUCAGCUGCUAUAUCAACAGUUAUAAUCGUACAGAUCAAUUUUACUUAAAUAUCCUAUGUACAUUCAGAGGUACGGUUUCAGGCACCUAAAUGAUUCUCCGGGGUCCUGUUACCCUGGGGAGGCCCUGUCUGCUUCGGCGUAUUUGACGUUUUAAGGAAGUAUUUUGCUAAAAAGGUCCCAUUCGACCAAUGUAUAGAUAGAUAAAAAAUUGUGAUAAAUAUCCUGGGGGGGGGGGUGCUUUAAGGCUUGGGGUCCCUGGCUUUAGCCAGUGGGAGCCCAGCUGUUAGUGCGCCACUGCUAAAUAAAAUCCACGUCGGCCUAACACACAAGGCGACUAUAACAGGAUUCACGUAGGCCUACCACAUUAGCCCGCUAUAACACCCGGAUCAACUAAAUUAGGCCUAUAGGCACUAGGCUACAUACUGAACAGGCAGCUGGCUACAGAAAACCAUGCAAUAUAAACAAAAAUGUGUCCAACCUGAACUUACUGGGGUAACCUUUAUUCCAGAAUUCUAUUAUUAUUCGCUACUUA